AUGUCAAGCAAACGGGAAAUGCCAUUGCAUCACACAUUGGAAUUGAAGGUACCAUUCAAAACGGAACAACAAGCAGUUAUAGCAACCAGAGUUUUGUCUCCAGACCCGAUUUUGAAACCACAAGACUUCCAAAUCGACUACAGCUCCGAAAAAAAUGUCAUGCUCGUCCAGUUCAGAAGCAUUGAUGACAGAGUCCUUCGAGUGGGUGUCAGCAGUGUCAUAGACAGCAUCAAGACUGUUGUAGAAGCCAUGGACGAGCUAUCAUAG